AUGAGUAUACGUUCGAUAACUCCAAAUAAAAUGAGUGGAAUUACAGAAUUAGAUGAAUAUAAAAUUACAUAAUUCAAAAGACCUUAAACAUCAAUGAAGUUUUCACUUUAAAAAAUUCAACAAAUUGGUUAAUCACUCAACGAUAUAUUAUCUAAAAAGAAACCUAAAAAUGAUAAAAAAAUAUUACAAUUUUUUCGAGAUAGAUUCAAUUAAAAUAUGUAAGAUAUAAAUACAUCAGCAUUUUGUGAGUCUGUAAAUUAAGACAAACAAACAAUUUCUAAACGAAAACAAAAUAAUACUAUUUACCCCACUAAUUAUAGUCAUUUAGGUGGAACUGAAACAGAAAGAUCACAUAUGAAUAUAAAAUAUCAAAGAGAAUCAUAUAAGUAUUUAAAUAACAAUAGAUAAAACAAAAAUUAAAUUAUUGAAUAACAUACUAAUGAUGGUCUUAGAAAUUAAUCUUUGAUGUGGUACAAAGAUAAUCAUAAUAUGAAUCAAUGUUCUUUAGAUUAUAGUAAAUCUGAAAACAUCACAACUAGAAACAAUCGAAUUCGUUAAAAUAGUUAAUCAACAAUCUAAAAUUUUGAUCAUUAUAUUUUAUAAUCUAUAGCUGUUCAUAUCCAAAAUGAUCCUAAUUAAACUGAUCUUAUUAUUUGCUGUUAAAAUUACAAAUUAUACACAUUAAAUUAAUACUCUAAGAUAGUUACUUGUAUAGGAUAACAUUAUAGGCCAAUUAAAUAAAUGACUAAAAUUAUCAUAUAAGCUAAUAAUAAAACAUUCUAUACUAGUAGUAGUGAUGGUUAAAUAAUCUAAUGGAUAUCUGAUUCUAUGCAUGGUCCUUUUAAAUAUUUAUAAUCAAUUAGAAUAGAAGAACCUCCUAUCUAAUUACAUUUAGAUUAAUAAGGAUCAUUAUAUAUUUUGACUGCCAAUUUCUUAACUUAUCAAAGUUAUAAAAUACCUUUAAGUGGAAAUGUAAAAUGCUUAAGUGUUACUCCUAAACAAAUUAUAAUUGCCAUAGAUAAUUAAAUACAUUAAAUAAUUGAUGAUAUAAAUAAUAUUUAAAUAAUAUAACUUGAUAAACAUAUCAAAACCAUUUUCUAUGAAGAUCAAUAAUUAUACAUACUUACUACUUAAAAAUCAUUAAUCGUCUUUGAUGAUAUAAAAAAUAAUCUAAUUUUUAAUUCAGAAAUAUAAUUAGAUGCUGAUUGGGUCUAUGCUAUGCCUAAAAAUUAGAUUAUUAUUCUAAAAGACUAAAAUGUCAUUAUAUAGUCCUUUCAAAAAACUCGCAAAAUUUAAUUAACUGAUAAAAUUACUUGUUUACUACCCUUAUCUUAAUAGAUAUUAAUAGGAGAUUAAAAUAAAACCAUUAAAAUUAUUAAACUUUGA